CGUGUAAACAAAUGAAGGGUUUCGCCGUCGGAACCAAGGGUUCAGCAAGGGUUUGACAAGUACGUCCAUACGUUGGGGUCGGUGAAUGGCGAUCUCUAAGGUUGGGUAUUAUUUUAUCUGGAAUUUGUUCUCUCGUCAUUUCGAUUUCUCCUUGGCGCAGGUAAAAUUUAUCUGGUUCAGUUUGAUAAUUGAUAUCGCAUUGAGUUCUACAAUUGCGGAUUUGUAUGAUUUUGUUCUAAAACUAUCUGCUAUAUUUCACUUUUGUUUUCAGAUAUUUGUAUGGAAAUUGUCAAUUUUGCUUUUGUUUUUGUUCCUCCACAUAUGUUCCAUUACACCAACUAAGGGAUAGGGAGGAUUGUGGAGAAUGUAUACAAUAUGGAGGGAUACUUUCAAUGUGGUAUUCCGGCCAAUGAACACUCAUUAUUGAUCUCGAGGACUCUCCAUUUCACUUUUAUCCAGGAAAAUGGAGAAUUUUUAGGACUCUCCGUUGACCGGAGUACCAUAUGUAAGUACCCUAGGUGGUGGUGGAGUCCACACACUCUUCUAGUAUUGCUUACUUUAUAUAUAUAUAUAUAUAUAUAUAUAUAUAUAUAUAUAUAUAUAUUAUUUUUUGUCUUAAUUUUAUCUCAAAUUUGUUUAGGGUUUCAUGAUGGGAUGAAAAACGAUGCAUUUACAUUGUAUGCUCAGUUUCAUUUCCAUUUCUUUAGUGUAAUUUAAGCUUCUAAUUGAAUGGUAAAUGCUACUCAACUCAUGAAUAGAACACUUGCCCAAGUGCCCAUUAACAAAUACAAGAAAGCAUAUAAUAAAUAGUGAAUUGUGUACAAUGUCUUUUAUAAAAGGUUAUUAAGUAGUGUAAGGAUUAUUAUUCUUAUCUCAUUGUUCAACCCUACCAUUCAACUGGAAAUAUAUACAUACAUUCAUAUAUAUAUAUACAUACAUACAUAUAUAUAUAUACUCCUUCGAUCCCAUAUUAACAUUCCAUCUUUUCAUUUUUGGCUGGCCCAUAAUAGUUGUCUCAUUUCAAAAAUCAAAGCACUAUUUUUAUAGCAAUUCCCAAUUUACCCCUAAAAAAUGAAGCAAAUUAAAGUCUCAAAAUGGAUGGACCCCAUCAAAGAAUAACUUUUAAAAGGGGCAAAUUUGAAAAUAUAUGAUGUGCCAAUGUAAUAAAAUAUAAUAAAAGCUAGUGUCUUACUGUCUUAAAAUGUGUGAAAUUUAUUACCGGACAUUUAUAAUCGGACGGAGGUAGUAUAUAAAAUCCUUUUAGUUAAUAUUUUAAAUGGAUUAUCUACCUUGAGAUUACUCCAGUGCAAUACUUGCAACUACCUUAAAUCAAGUACAGAGAGCCUUAAAUCAAGAAUAUCAACUUACUUAUGAAACCUUUGAAAUUAUUUUAAGACCAUCUCGUUCCUCUUUAAUAAAAGACGAGAUCUUUCAAAUUAUUUGUAAGACUAUGUGUCUAUGCCAAUGCUGCUGCGACCUGGUUUCUUUGGAUCUAUCUCUUUCUCAUUUUGGGUGAAAUUUGAGACAGCCACUGAUACGCCUGCUGAACCAGAAAUCAAUUGAACAAUGAACCUAUAUUGGUUCUGUAUGUUUUAAAUAAACUUACCCAACAAAAAAAAAAAAAUGUAAAUAAAAGUAUGUAGUCACUAUUUUCUAAUCAACACAGUUCUUUAGAUUAAUAUAGUUACAUGCCAUUCAGGAGGAUAUAUAUAUAUAUAUAUAUAUAUAUAUAUAUAUAUAUAUAUAUAUAUAGUUACAUGCAUAUAUAUCUUAUACUACAUACAUUGUUGGAUUCACUGCUUAAGAUUCUUGGACACCUACAAUUAAUAUUGCAAAGUAAAGAAGUGGGGUAGAGUGUCAACAAAAAGAAAAAGCUCAAGCUUCAACUUAAUUAAAGUUGAGGGAUAUUGAUUUCAUUGGAAGCAAGAAGCAGAUUCAGCUAGCUUUAUUCCAUUUGGGAUGAGUAUAUAAGGCUAGGCAGAUUGCAAGCAUAAGACAAGCCCUCUUAACUACUCUCAUCAAUCUGCCUCUUGCUGCUACUUUCCAUACCCCAACAUGGCCAACAAGGUAACUCCCGCAGGUUCAUACCUCCAACCCCAAACUCCUUCAGGUUCAUACAUCCAACCAAAAACUCCUGAAGGUUCAUACCUCCAACCCCAAACUCCUGCAGGUUCUGCCCUCCAACCCCAAACUCCUGCAGGUUCUGCCCUCCAAACCCAAACUCCUGCAGGUUCUGCCCUCCAACCCCAAACUCCUGCAGGUUCAGCCCUCCAACCCCAAACUCCUGCAGGUUCAUACCUCCAACCCCAAACUCCUCCUGCAGGUUCAUACCUCCAACCCCAAACUCCUGCAGGUUCAUACCUCCAGCCCCAAACUCCUGCAGGUUCAUACCUCCAACCCCAAACUCCUGCAGGUUCAUACCUCCAUUCCCAAACUCCUGCAGGUUCUGCCCUCCAACUGAUGAAAACUCCUAACCGCGGGAGCAUGUUCAUGUCUUCCGAUGACAGCAUAUUGAUGAAGCAAAUUCUGGCAACUCAUGCUCCUGAUGGCUUUGAGGUUAAUGUUAAACCUCUUCUCCGUGUCGUUGAGGACAUCCUCCGCCGUUCCACCCUCAACGUUGAUGGCCUUUUACUGGAUGGUACCCAAUCGCAAAAGGAAAACAUGGAAGACAAAACCCAACAAGCUGGUGCCGUUCUCAUGCUUGACUCACUGUUAUAUACAAUUGAACGGAUCUCCUGCGAGAUGGAAAGCAAGUGUUUGAGUGGAGGGGAAGGACACGCAACAACACUCCCUCUGUUUAAUGCACUAUCAAACUUUUCAUGGGAGACUAAACUGGUGCUAACCUUAGCAGCUUUUGCUUUAAAAUAUGGAGAAUUCUGGCUCCUUUGCCAGAUUUACUCAUCAAACCAACUUGCAAAAUCAAUGGCUAUCCUUAGGCAAUUACCUGUCAUCAUGGAGCACUCGGGCUCAUUAAAAUCACGGUUUGAUGCAAUUAACAAUCUCAUCAGGGCCAUUUUGGAUCUGACAAGGUGUAUCGUGGAGUUGAAGGAGCUACCAUCUAUCUAUAUCACACAGGAUGUACCAGCGUUGUCCACUGCCACAGCCACUAUCCCAAGUGCUGUCUAUUGGUCCAUCAGAGGUGUCGUUGCUUGCGCAGCUCAGAUUAUCAAUCUCGGUGCCGUUGGCCACGAGUUACAAGAGUCAUGGGAAAUAUCUACCUUGGCGUACAAGAUCAACAACAUACUCGAGCAUCUCAAGAAGCAACUGACUAAUUGCUACAAACACAUAGAGGAUAAGAGGGACGUUGAAGCUUAUGAGGCACUGCAGCAUAUAUUUGAUAUGAUCCACAUUGACAACAUGAAAGUUCUUAAAUCCCUAAUUUAUGCCAAGGAUGAUCAGCUACCACUCCUUGAUGGUGCUUCAAAGAGAAGGGUGAGCCUUGAAGUUCUCAGGAGGAAGAAUGUCUUAUUGCUGAUAUCAGGCCUAGACAUCUCCCAGGAUGAGCUUUCGGUUCUUGAGCAGAUUAACAAUGACUCGAGGAUUCACGCAUACGAGGUGUUGUGGAUUCCAAUUGUGGAACAUUGGGCCCGGUGGACUGACCCCAUGCAGAAGCAGUUUGAAAGCCUGCAGGCCACAAUGCCGUGGUUCUCGGUGAACCACCCUUCAUUCAUCGAGAAGCCGGUCAUCAGGUUCAUCAAGGAGAAAUGGCACUUCAGGAACAAGCCUAUCCUUGUGGUGCUCGACCCACAAGGAAAGGUGUUGAGCCCUAAUGCAAUCCACAUGAUGUUGAUAUGGGGAAGUGGUGCCUUCCCUUUCACUAGCUUGAGAGAGGAAACUCUUUGGAAUGAAGAGAUUUGGAGGCUUGAGUUGCUGGUCAAUGGCAUUGACCAAACAAUUUUGAAUUGGAUAAGAGACGGCAAAUACAUAUUCUUGUAUGGAGGGGAUGACAUUGAGUGGAUUCGAAAAUUUACCACCUCAGCACGCUCUGUCGCAUUGGCUUCUCGCAUCCCAUUAGAGAUGGUGUAUGUGGGAAAGAGCACCAAAAGGGAGCAAGUCCGGCGUGUCAUCUCGACCAUCAUGAUGGAGAAACUCAGCUACUGCUGGCAAGAUAUGGCCAUGAUAUGGUUUUUCUGGACCCGUCUAGAGAGCAUGUUGUUCUCCAAGAUUCAACUAGGCAGGGGCGAUGACAAUGACCCCAUGAUGCUGGCGAUCAAGAAAAUCCUCAGCUAUGACAAGAGCGGUGGAUGGGCCGUGCUGAGCAACGGAAGUUCCGUCGUGAUCAAUGGACACAGCAGCACUGUGUUGCCUGCAUUGAACGAGUACGAUAUGUGGAAGGAAAAUAUAACUGUCAAAGGCUUCGACCCAUCAAUUAAAGAUUACCAUGACAUGCUUCAUGGUGCAGCUCUGCCGUGCUGUCGUUUCGAGUUUCCGAGCACUGUCGGGAGGAUUCCAGAGAAUAUGAAAUGCCCAGAGUGCCUUCGCAAUAUGGGGAAAAACUUAGCUUUCGUCUGCUGCCACGACGAUAGUGCUGUUAGCGCACUAUAUUGAGUCACUACUGUGUGGUUCCAUUAAUCCCGUAUCCUGCUAUAGUGAUUGAACUACAAUAAUCAUACAUAUAUGUGAAAUAUGAAUGUCGUGUGAGCUUAAUUUUAUCUACUAUUUUGUAAGAUUUGAGUGUGAGAUACUAAAGCUCUGAUGCUGUUAAAUAAGACUUGGAGUGAUGUGAUGGCACAAUAUGUAAUGAUAACGCUAAAGGUGGUUUUGUAUGUA